UUCCAGGGGGAAGGGAAACGGGAUCCACUAACUGUCUAUAGUAGCCUGCACAUGGCAUAUCUGUUAUCUUGGCAGAGUGAACAUGUGUCCAUUAAAAAAAUGCUGAGCUGACAGCAUUUUGAUGGAGGCUUUAUGGAGUGUAAGCAGUGAUGGAGGCUAAGACUGCCUGAAUGAUGGAGUCAUUUUCUACAUGUAUCCCGAAUGUGAGGAUGACUGAGAGGAGGAGGAGUUAAGCCAUGCCCACGCUGGAGGUGAUCUGCAGCCUGAUUGGCUGGCUGUGUCUCUACUUCUUGUUCGGCUCUACCUUCACACAGAGGGGGCCUGAGUGGAACUGUCGCCUGGUCACAUUGUCCCACGGGGUCCUCAUAGUGCUGCUUACAGCUUAUGUUGUUUUCGUAGAUGGACCCUGGCCCUUAACACAUGCAGGUACAGAAAACACAGAGCUCCAGACCUUCGCCCUGGCUGUCUGCCUUGGCUACUUCUUCUUCGAUAUGGGUUGGUGCGUAUGCUACCGAACGGAGGGCCCCGUCAUGCUUGCACAUCACGCUGUCAGUAUUGCAGGCCUCCUGCUGACUUUGCAAAUGGGAGUGUCAGGCUGUGAAGUCUGUGGGGUCAUCUUCGGCAGCGAGAUCACCAAUCCCCUGCUGCAGACCCGCUGGUUUCUCCGCCAGCUGGGUCUUUACAACAGCCUGCUGGGCGAUGCGGUGGACCUGCUAUUUAUUUUCCUGUUUGCCACUGUUCGUGUAGGAGUUGGCACAGUGAUGUUUUACUGCGAGCUGACCUCUCCCAGGACAUUGCUGAUAAUGAAGCUUGGCGGUGUGGUUAUGUAUGCACUGGCAUGGGUGUUCAUGGUGGACAUAGCCAGAUUUGGCUACAAGAAAAGCAGGGCUAAGUAUGAAAGGUGGCUAGAGAACCACAAGCUCAAAGAAAUCAACAGACAGAAAGUGGAUGGACAUUCAGAUAAGAGUGAAUGAGAAGCUUAUGUGCUAUGAAUGUGGGCUUGUAAAGCUCCAAAGGUGCUAUGUACAGCAUGAAAAUGAUAAACCAUCACUGCAUAUUUUUAAUGUACUGUAUAGUAUAUUUCCCCAAAUUAAACCAGAAAGUUAUGCUUACUAUCAUCCCACUCCAGCUUUGUCUUGAAAUCCAGUGGGCUGCUUUAUGGUAAAACAGAAACAAUGUUUUCUUUGAGUCCUUUUAGUGAAAAUCUGCCCUAGUAGGCUGAUUCAUUUCAACUUUUUUGCACACUUAUGCAAAAAUACCAGCAAAUUCAAAGUGAUCCAACUAAAAAUUCAUAGCAUUCAAUCUCCUGGAGUAUUACUACAGAAAUCAUCCAAGCAGAAACUCCAUUUAACACAUGGCAAGCUCAAAAAGACACUGUGGGUCUCUGUCACUAUAGAGACAUGCUACAGUGGGAGAAGCACAUGUGAAAAUAGUACAGUCAUCUCUGGUUAAUCACAGUCUUUUUUAUAGUGGAAUUAUUGCUACUUGCUACUUGGAACAAGUGGUAAAUUACACUGCCCAGCCAAAAAAAAGUUGCCACCAAAAAAAAAAAGGUCACACACUAACAUUUUGUUGGACCGCCUUUAGCUUUGAUUCCGGCAUGCAUUCGCUGUGGCAUUGUUUUGAUAAGCUUCUGCAAUGUCACAAGAUUUAUUUCCAUUCAGUGUUGUAUUAAUUUAUCACCAGGAUCUUGCAGUGAUGAUGGCAGAUUCUGACCACUGCGCAAAGCCUUCUCCAACACAUCCCAAAGAUUCUCAUUGGGGUUGAGGUCUGGACUCUGUGGUGGCCAAUCCA